CACACACCUUGCGUCUCUCAUUUGAACACAUGAUUAAGCUAUCUGUCACAAACAGAAUUCUCUUUAAGCAGAACAGAGGCCGUGCGCUCUCCAGAAGCAUGGUAGAUUGAAGAAAUACUGAAACAGCAUUCGGAUAAAAUGAAGCCAUCAACGCACUUUACACUGGUGGCGUCUUUCUUGGCGCUCCUGAUCCUCAUUUCACGAGCUCAAGGUGGCUACGUCGGCUGCUACGAGGGUAGGACGGGCGGUGUCUCUGCCGGACGCUACAAUACUUCGACCUUAGAUCCUACCACGUGUCAAACCACGUGUGGCACUCAGCAGUUCUCCUACGCCCGUCUGUACAACGGGCGGUACUGUUUCUGCUCCAACGCCUUGCCCAGCGUCUUAGUGAAUGACAGCCAUUGCGAUGACCCCUGCACCGGAGAUGCCCUUGAGAAGUGUGGCGGGGACAGGCACGUCAGCGUCUACCACGUUGGUGCCGAGAUCCAGGGUUUACGCGUCACUGCCGGGGUGUUUACCGCGGGUGUGGAAGGGGCCAUAGAGGUCGCCGUCACCAAGGGCAGUAACGUGGUGUAUGAGGUGGAUUACGGGGACGGCACGGGGAGGACGGAGGCUAACGCUACCGAUUUUGACAGGAAGACUUACGUCAUGCCGGGACGUUACGCCGUUACCGUGUACGCCAGAAACGCCGAUGGAACCUAUGAGAACAAGUCCACUGCAGUGGCGGUGUCUGUGCACGAGCCUGUGCAGGGGGUACAGCUGGUCUGCCCCCAGCUGAUUGGCGUCUUGCAGGAAGUCCGCUGUAACGCCACUGUCAACGCCGGCAGUGACAUGAAGGUGACAGUGAAAUAUGGGGACAUGCAGAACGAGACCUUUGCCAUUGUUGACGCGGGUCACAGUAGUGUGGGACCCUCGAUCCCCGAGCACGCAUCCACUGUGGACAGCACCAGCUCUAAUGACGUCCAUCUCAUGCCUCAGUCCGAGGUAAUGGACCCAGGCACCAUCAAAGCGUGGGAGUACUAUGCAGACGUUCCCGGAACUGUGGCUUUCUUGAUUUUCCGUCCCAAGUGUCCGACCGGAGAACAAUACUGUCACGUUGAGAAUAUAUGCAACAGCACGUGCACUUUGUCGCCUAGGCAACACAGCUGCUCCAACGGAUUGUUUUCGUCAGUGCGGGGCAGUUGCGUUAACGCCACGGGCGGGGUUAGUACGGAGCCAGAUCGAUCGUCAGCCAGACCACCCGAGUAUACCAUAGUUGAGUCUAUCAGUCACGUGAUCGCAAGUCGUGGAUAUGGGGUUCUAAGUCCUAGCAAUGCAGUGGAUGUGACGUAUGGUGACGUCAUUGGGUACCGCGGGAUUGCGGGGCUCUUGGGUACACGUGUGACGUCAAGGGGAGAGGAACCAGACUUGAACUACACCGCCAUUACCAAUGCAGCCAAGGGGGACGUCCUCACGACCAGCAAUUUUGCUGGAUUGGUGCAGCACCGUCACCUCCUGCGCGUGGUGACGAGACGCCCUUCAAACGUCCUGAUAUUCCACAAGUACGCCAGCGAGGGCCAGUACCGGGCGGACUUCGCCGUAAGCAAUGACAAGAUCAACUCCACUGUGACCGUCUCGUCCCAGAUCGAAGUGUGGCCGGCCAUCAAUCAGACGCUUCUUGAUGAGCCACCGGCUUACGCUGAAAUAUCGAAACCCAUUACCUUCACACUGUUGCCUCACACGGGCCGUAACUUGACGUAUGAGUGGACGUUCAGUGAUGGUACCGCUGUGUCCACCACCAUCCCCAGUGUCACCCACACCUACACCAGCAUCGGGCCUCACAACAUCAGCGUCCGCGUUUUUAACGGCCUCUUCGAAAACAGCACCUCGUCCGCCCUGGUCAUCCAAGAACCCUUGCAAGGGGUGGACAUCAUCACUGACCACGCUCAACUUAACACUCUUCACAACAUCACUCUGAACGUGACCGGCGGGACAGAAUACUCGUGCGACGUGGACUUUGGAGACGACACCUCGGUAGUGACGGUUCCAGUCUCCCAGCUGGUUGUGAUGGUCCAGGUGGGGCACGUGUACACCAUAGGCGGGAUUCACACGAUCAUCGUGUCUUGCUACAACAUGAUCAGCCGGGUUAACGCCACCCAUGAUAUCCCCCUGGGGGUGCCAAUCACAGGACUGCGAUUCCUCAAGGAGUCCGCCAUAGUCGGCGUUCCGUACGAGAUCACGUUUGCCAUAGACACGGGUUCUAAUGUCACUUUCGAACUGUUCUUUGCCGGGACACCUAUCACUAGCGUGAGAUUCAACCCCAACACUAUGACUGGUGAUUGGGGUGCAGGGUUGUACACUAGCGCCUCCCCCUCUGUCAAUGAGCUCACUUUACGGGCUAUCAACACGGUUGGCACGGAGGAGAUAUCCGUCAAUUUCACCACGGAAGAGGCGAUCCCGCGGCCUACGCUGUCCGUGGAUCACACGAUGUUCCAGGUGGGCGGUACGGCCACUUUCAAGCUGAUGAUUACAGCGGGUACCAGCGUAUCUAUCGUGUGGGACUACGGAGAUGGCAGCAGAGAGACAUAUUCCAUACCGGUCACGUCUGCCUGGGUGCAACAGGUGCCAGGCCUGUCAAUCACGCGAAACCACACCUACACCGCAGGAGGCACGCCCACCGCUACGAUCAUAGUGGCUAAUGCAUACAGCAACCACACGUUCACACAGCAGAUAGACGUCAUAACACCAAUUUCCAAUUUGAGCCUUGCAAGCAACAGUCCCGUUGCUUACAUACCACCAGGAACUGCCUCUAUCAUGGUCCUACAAGGGGGCGGAGCACCCGUUGCCGGGGCAACCAUCAAGAUUGACUGGGGUGAUGGAACGGCUGUGGAAUUCAAAGACCUGGAUGUCGGUUUCAACUACUAUCACGAAUACGAAGCCAAAGGCACCUAUCGGGUCACCGCCAAUGUUUCCAACCCGAUUAGCUUCAUGUGGCUUGAAACUGGUUUCCUGGUGGCGGAACCGGUCACCGACCUCCGACUGAGCACCGUGCCUCCUCAUGUCCCGGUCGGACAGCCGUGUGUGCUGGUCUUGACCAUGUAUCAGGGGGAGAACGUCACGUUCUACGUGGACUUUGGUGAUAGUUCCGGCCUUGUAACCAAAACAAGAGAAGGCACUACCCCGUUGGACGAGGACACAGUCACUCACACGUACUCUACCACAGGGAACUAUACAAUCACCGUGAUAGCCAGCAAUAUGAUGGGGAACACUACCAAAACGUACGUGAUAGCGGUCCAGAACCCUGUGCAAAACGUCACCUUUGACGUCAGUUCCGAUGCACCAAGGCUAGGCAUUGGUGCAGUACAAAUAACCAUAGAUUUCACUACGAGUCCACCAAGCCAUGACAUUCCCAGUGAGGCGACUAUUUCUGUGGAAUGGGAAGCCGGGCAAAUUGACAGCCUCCCCUUUGACUGUGCGGCUAACUGCCAAAGGGUACUGUCACACACCUUUAGCGUACCUGGCGUCCACACCAGUAAUGUCACCAUCUAUAAUCUCGCCUCCACGGUCACCUACACUGUUGAUACAAGCGUGUAUGAAACCAUCACGUCUAUAGGGGCAACGGCAAUGUACCAACCUCUGAUCCCGAUAGGUGGCCCUGAUAUCGUUGGAAUCGGACCAAAUCGGGUCGCAUUUCCUUUGAACCGACCAGUCAAAUUCCACGUCAAUACAUCAGGUACUGUAAAAGAUUAUGAACUCACGGCCCAUGAUGAGAAUCUCAACGUUGUCUUGCACUGUAUUCAUACGUCCUGGCCGCUGACGACACUGUUUGAUACGGCCAAUAACUAUACGGUGAAUAUAACGGCACGAAAUCCGUUUUCUUCUGAGAGCGUCGUUCUGAACAUCUAUUUGGGGGAGCCAGUGGAUAUCCUCGAGAUCAAAGAGAACGGCACAACGGUCACAGGCCCCGGGGAAAACAAGACAUUUUUGGUCGUCUUCAACUCUACUGGUUCCGACUCCUGUGUGUACGUAGCUUUCGACAACGUCCCGUAUGGCGUGUACGGAUGGCGCGACGCCUGCUACAAGAACUAUGCGUCGUCCGUGCCAUAUCUGGGUGUCAUUCCCGUAGGUGUCCUCUCUAUCACUACUGUGUUUCCUGACAUAGGGGACCACCAGAUGAGCGUCCGAGGUUUCAAUCCUUUCACUGACACCACCGUCAACUUGAGUUUUCCUAUCUCCAAUGUACAGUGCCAGAAGCCCCAAGUCUCCAUAGACCAACAGAAGGAGUUGUUCUAUGACCCGCGAGUCGUGCACAUGAAGGACAGCUUUCAACUAACCGGGAUCACGGUGAUUAAAUGUCAAGUUACUCUACUUAACGACAAACAAUGGACGCUUGAAGAGGUGGACGGCACAACCGGUGACACCAUCAGAACCAUUGACAUAUCCUCGAUUCCAUCGGCCAUGAGUGAGGAGAUCGUCCUUCCGAAGAGAUAUCUUCCCUAUGGGGUCUACAAGUUUACCUUCACGGUUCAGAUGCGGCGGGACCAGUUCCCAGAGGGAGACAUAUUUGAGAGAUCUACUGCGACGCACGUGCGCGUGUCCGAGUCCCCUCUUGUGGUGGUUGUAUUGGACGGGGGUCUUACUAAAGUAAAGCGUGGACACGGUAGGAAUAUAACGUUAUCUCCGGGAGUGUACUCAAAGGACCCGGAUUUAGACCCGACCGCUGACCAGGGACUGACCCAGUUCGAAUAUUUCUGCAGGCAGGUAGGGGAGGAGUUCGUACUAACCUCGCCCACAGGCGUGAUUCCCUGGGACAUAUCCCGAGCCAACCCUAGCUCCCCCUUCACCUCGCCCCCUGCUCCGAACCAGGGCGGCUGUUUUGGUAACGGACCCGGUGCACUGAACAUCACUUCUGGCGAGCUCAGCUUCAGCACGGGUACCAUGCUAGAAAACAUCACCUACGAGUUCAUCGUCAUCGUGGCGAAAGGUGACAGGAAGGGGUACGCCUCUCUGCUGGUUGAACUUGUAAGCGGUGAUCCACCAGAGUUAACCAUGAGAUGUGGUUUCGGCGUUUUCUGUGUUCCAACCGAAGGCGGCCAAAAGAUCCGGCGAUCGUCCAGGAUAGCGCUGAUCAGUGACUGCCUAGCGGGCUGUGACGCAACAGAUAUGAACUACACGUGGUCCUUACAGGUGCAAAGUCAAGAGGGGGUCUACGUCACGUGGCACGAGAUACGGCACAUCGACAAAUAUAUCGACGGACUCAGAGGGGAUGCCUCUUAUUCGAUUGGCAUUAAAAGGAACAUAUAUGAAGCGAAGCCCAACAUCAGACAGGUCAAGGUGACAUUGGUGGCCAGACGUUUGACGUCUGCGCAGUCGGGCAGUGCGCAGCUGAUACUGCUGGUCAACGACCCGCCCGACGGAGGCAACUGCUCCGUGAGUCCCACCGUCGCCGAAGUGUCCACGGCUAAAAACUGGAGGAUCGAGUGCCAAGGCUGGACAGAUGAGGAUUUCAUAGAGUCUUAUAAGUUCUUUGCCCUGUUCAAUGGGUCAAGCGUUCCGAAGAAUCUUGGCUUUAAUUCACGCGGAAUUCUCGAUACAUCCAUGCCAAAGGGACCCUCUUACGACAACUACUGGAUGACUAUAUAUACCAAUAUCACAGAUUCGGAUGGCAGUACAACGACGUACAAGGUUGGGCGCAUACAGGUGAACCCAAUGUCGACAACAGAGGUACAGUCACUAGUUUCGAACCUCACCGCUAGUGGCAGCACUAAUAUGAUAGCCCAGAUUGCAGCCAACGGGAACCUUGAAGACACAACGCAGACUAUCCAAUCCUUGGCGUCCGCGCUUAACACCUUGGGCAGUUCUGAAGGGUUUAAUUCCGGAUUUGGACCAAGUGAAGCAGCCUCGACCCAGAAUACGUCAUCAGCAGAAAAGGAAGCACUCCGUGAAGAAGUCGCAUUGAUAAGAACUCAGAUGAUCGAAGCAGUGGCCGACAGCGCACCCACCACCCCAAGGCAGGUGCAGCUUCUGGCUAGCUGCCUCACGGAAGUACUGCAGCAACCAUCUGAGAUAAAACGGGGCAGCCAAUCAAAGGUUACUGUCAUUGUGAGCGGAUUUAUCGACGUGCUUCAGGCACAAGCUGCUGACCAAACUAAGGAAGAAACUGUAGAACUGGCUACCACCAUUUUGAGUAGUGUAGGGGCAACAAUCGCGGCAACGACGUACGCCUUAAAGAACCCGUUACCAUCGGACGUGCAGGAGUCGAUGAAUGAUAUGUACUACGAUGCGGACUUAGAAAAUACUGAACAAAAAAAUGUGGCAGGGCUUUCAAAAGAAGAAGCGAGAAACCAGUUUGGUCGAUACACUAGUGAUGAAAGCCAGAAAGAAGUGUCUGGCGGUGCUGUCUCCACCCUUAUGUCAGGGAUAGGCAACGUUUCUGACGUCCUACUGUCCAAGACCAUCCCCGGGGAGCCCUCCCUGGGGGUGGAGACCCCUCAGUUAAAGAUGGAACUGGUGAAGGACGACCCCAAUAAGAUCGACAAGCUGAAACUUCAGUCGGCCAAGCUGCCCUCCUGGAACAGCAUCCGGCCUGCAUCCGGGCCGGGAUCCGGGGAUAGCUUGGUCUCGGUGCAGUUGGUUCAAUUUGCAUCGAACCCCUUCGGUUCACUUAAGAACUCCGACAAAGUCGCGAACGGCUCCGAAACCGUAUCCCUUGACCUCAAAGACGACAAUGGGGCCACCAUGGCCAUCUCGAACACCCAACAACCCAUCGAGAUCUUCAUAAACCGCGACACCAGCGGUCAGCUCCCCGCUCCGGACUAUAUAUACCACAGCCCCAUGGACCCCGCGGACGGGCUGUCGUACAGGUCCGCGAAUAUCACCGACUCCGAUGUGGCCAUACACUUUGAGAUCGUGCCAGAGAGCAACGUGACCUUCCUGGUGCUGGUGAGACACGGAAGUCCGCCUCAGCUGCAGGACGGGGAGUUUGAUUUUUGGCAACUGGUACCGUCCGUCAGACUGGCUGCUGAUGGUACUCCUCUGAACAGCUACGAAGUCUUCAUAGAGAGCGACCAAGUCGGCAACAAGACUGGCAAGUACUACGUGGGCAUACGACAGCUGGCGGACAAUGAGACCGAACUGUAUGGCCUACAGUGGACAAACUUCACCGGGAACUUCACCGAGGCUUUCACCGGUGCCAAUAACAUCACCACCAACUACACCAUGAGAACGUACACAUCAGGGUGCUACUUUGCCACGGUCGGCAUGACGGCAGUCAGUACGGAGGGCUGCAUUGUUGGCAACAAGACGACUCACUACUCUACUCAAUGUUAUUGUACCCAUCUGACGUCAUUCAUGGGCGGCUGGGUGGUCCAACCCAACACAAUCGACUGGAACUUUGUCUUCUCUGGCGCAGCGGCUUUCGACAGGAAUCCCACCCUGUAUAUAACCGAGAUGUUGAUAGCCGUGUUGUAUAUCAUGACAGCUAUAUGGGCUAGACGGCAGGAUAAGAAAGACGUGGAGAAGUUGGGCGUGUCUCCUUUGCCGGACAAUGACCCCAAUGACCACUACCUCUACGAAAUGAUCGUAUUUACUGGGAUGAGAAGAAAUGCGGGCACCGAAUCAAAAGUAAAUUUUAUUUUGUCUGGGGAAUACGAUGAAACGGACGUCAGAACGCUGGCAGACGACAAACGACGCACUUUGAUGAGGGGAUCGGUCGAUCGUUUCUUGUUAGCCGUCCGGGGACCUUUGGGCGACCUGAACUACCUUCGCAUCUGGCACGACAACUCUGGCAAGGGCCACUUCGCCUCUUGGUACCUUAAAUACCUCCUGGUGCAGGACCUGCAAACCAAGGAGAAGUACCACUUCAUCUGUAACCGAUGGUUUGCCGUGGAGGAAGACGACGGACAGGUUGACCGUCUUCUCCCUGUAGCAGGCCGCGAGCAGAUGGUCGAGUUUGGCCACCUCUUCACGAAGACCACCCAGAAGAACCUUGGUGACGGGCACCUGUGGUUCUCCGUGGUUGCUCGCCCUCCUCGGAGCCGCUUCACGCGUCUCCAGCGAGUGACCUGCUGCCUGUGUCUCCUCUAUAUGACCAUGCUGACCAGCGCCAUGUUCUAUGAGACGGUGCCGGAGUCGCCAGGGUCGAACGCAAUCACAUUUGGACCUUUCAGUUUAUCACCGGAACAGAUCUACGUGGGUGUGAUCGGAACCAUCAUCGUGUUCCCCGUCAACCUUCUGAUCGUCACGUUCUUCCGCAAAGCAAAACCAAGGAAGAAGCGCCCGUCCCGCAUUCAGGCUGCCAUGCAGAGAAACAUCCUAACACAGAGCACCUCCACUCUCGGCGGAGCGCUGAAAACGCCAGACCCGUUGUCCCACAGGGAUAUCGUGCUUGAAAAGAACGAGAGGGCAACGACGUACGCCUUAAAGAACCCGUUACCAUCGGACGUGCAGGAGUCGAUGAAUGAUAUGUACUACGAUGCGGACUUGGAAAAUACUGAACAAAAAAAUGUGGCAGGACUUUCAAAGGACGAAGCGAGAAACCAGUUUGGUCGAUACACUAGUGAUGAGAGCCAGAAAGGAGUGUCUGGUAGUGCUGUCUCCACCCUUAUGUCAGGGAUAGGUAACGUCUCUGACGUCCUACUGUCCAAGACCAUCCCCGGGGAGCCCUCCCUGGGGGUGGAGACCCCUCAGUUAAAGAUGGAACUGGUGAAGAACGACGCCAAUAAGAUCGACAAGUUGAACCUUCAGUCGGCCAAGCUGCCCUCCUGGAACAGCAUCCGGCCUGCAUCCGGGCCAGGAUCCGGGGAUGACUUGGUGUCGGUGCAGUUGGUUCAAUUUGCAUCGAACCCCUUCGGUUCACUUAAGAACUCCGACAAAGUCGCAAACGGCUCCGAAACCGUAUCCCUUGACCUCAAAGACGACAAUGGGGCCACCAUGGCCAUCUCGAACACCCAACAACCCAUCGAGAUCUUCAUAAACCGCGACACCAGCGGUCAGCUGCCCGUCCCGGACUAUAUAUACCACAGCCCGAUGGACCCCGCGGACGGGCUGUCGUACAGGUCCGUGAAUAUCACCGACUCCGAUGUGGCCAUACACUUUGAGAUCGUGCCGGAGAGCAAUGUGACCUUCUUGGUGUUGGUGAGACACGGAAGUCCACCUCAGCUGCAGGACGGGGAGUUUGAUUUUUGGCAACUGGUACCGUCCGUCAGACUGGCUGCUGAUGGUACUCCUCUGAACAGCUACGAAGUCUUCAUAGAGAGUGACCAAGUCGGCAACAAGACUGGCAAGUACUAUGUGGGCAUACGACAACUGGCGGACAAUGAGACCGAACUGUAUGGCCCACAGUGGACAAACUUCACCGGGAACUUCACCGAGGCUUUCACCGGUGCCAAUAACAUCACCACCAACUACACCAUGAGAACGUACACCUCAGGGUGCUACUUUGCCACGGUCGGCAUGACGGCAGUCAGUACGGAGGGCUGCAUUGUUGGCAACAAGACGACCCACUAUUCCACACAGUGUUAUUGUACCCAUCUGACGUCAUUCAUGGGCGGCUGGGUGGUCCAACCCAACACAAUCGACUGGAACUUUGUCUUCUCUGGCGCAGCGGCUUUCGACAGGAAUCCAACCCUGUACAUAACCGAGAUGUUGAUAGCCGUGUUGUAUAUCAUGACAGCUAUAUGGGCUAGACGGCAGGAUAAGAAAGACGUGGAGAAGUUGGGCGUGUCUCCUUUGCCGGACAAUGACCCUAAUGACCACUACCUCUACGAAAUGAUCGUAUUUACUGGGAUGAGAAGAAAUGCGGGCACCGAAUCAAAAGUAAAUUUUAUUUUGUCUGGGGAAUACGAUGAAACGGACGUCAGAACGCUGGCAGACGACAAACGACGCACUUUGAUGAGGGGAUCGGUCGAUCGUUUCUUGUUAGCCGUCCGGGGACCUUUGGGCGACCUGAACUACCUUCGCAUCUGGCACGACAACUCUGGCAAGGGUCAGUUCGCCUCUUGGUACCUUAAAUACCUCCUGGUGCAGGACCUGCAGACCAAGGAGAAGUACCACUUUAUCUGCAACCGAUGGUUUGCCGUGGAGGAAGACGACGGACAGGUUGACCGUCUUCUCCCUGUAGCAGGCCGCGAGCAGAUGGUCGAGUUUGGCCACCUCUUCACGAAGACCACCCAGAAGAACCUUGGUGACGGGCACCUGUGGUUCUCCGUGGUUGCUCGCCCUCCUCGGAGCCGUUUCACGCGUCUCCAGCGAGUGACCUGCUGCCUUUGCCUGCUCUAUAUGACCAUGCUGACCAGUGCCAUGUUUUAUGAGACGGUGCCGGAGUCGCCAGGGUCGAACGCAAUCACAUUUGGACCUUUCAGUUUAUCACCGGAACAGAUCUACGUGGGUGUGAUCGGUACCAUCAUCGUGUUCCCCGUCAACCUCCUGAUCGUCACGUUCUUCCGCAAAGCAAAACCAAGGAAGAAGCGCCCGUCCCGCAUUCAGGCUGCCAUGCAGAGAAACAUCCUAACACAGAGCUCCUCCACUCUCGGCGGAGCGCUGAAAACGCCAGACCCGUUGUCCCACAGGGAUAUCGUGCUUGAAAAGAACGAGAGGGUCGGGGAAAAUAUGAGCAUGUAUAACCAGAGCCGCUCGGCGACGACCGUCUCAAUUCAGUUGCCGUCUACUACCCCUGCUUCGCUCACUAAAGCCUACGACAAAGGACAGCAAAGCUUAUCUAAUAUCAGCAUCCCCGAGGCUUUCGAGUACAAAGAGGAUGCUGGGAAGGGGAAGAGAAAGAAGAAAAAGAAGCCGCUGGAACUUCCGUGGUGGUUCACCAUCGUGGCUUGGAUACUGAUGUGGAUUUUAAUCCUUGGUUCGGCGUUCCUGGUGACCAUGUACGGGAUAACAUUCCAGGAGACGAAAGCACAGAAGUGGAUCACGUCUAUGAUCAUUUCCUUCCUGACGUCAAUCUUCCUCACAGAACCAGUCAAGGUGAGAAAGGCAGUCAGUCAGUCCUUCGUUCAGUCACAGACUGAGUCUUCCAGUCACCUGGCUAGUCAUCUAGUCAAAUAUUUGUCCGGUGAAUUAAUCGUGUAUCUUCAGACUUUUUAG